GUCACGUGCUCCUCAUGUCGCGCAACUCGGGAAGUGCCGCAACGGAGAAGUACUCGACCAGGUACAACAUCCAAUGUCCAAGCUACGCAUCCUCUGUGCUACAAAGCGAGUGCUUGACUAUGCACUCAAACCUCGAGUCAACAAAGCAGGAACUGCAAUCGACUUGUCGGGUCAGAAGCAGUCCAUGAACCCUUUCUGUGAGAUUGGCGUAGAGGAAGCCAUCCGGAUCCGGGAGAAGCACAAAGACCGUGUCGAGGAUGUGCUUGCUGUCUCUGCUGGUCCCAUGAAGGCUCAGGAUACGCUGCGAACAGCCAUGGCUAUGGGAGCAGACCGUGGUACGCUUGUCGAAAUCGCGGAGGGCGAGGCGCUGGAGCCAUUGACGGUGGCCAAGAUCCUCAAGGCAGUUGCAGAAAAGGAGAAGAGCAACUUCAUUUUCCUUGGAAAGCAGUCUAUCGAUGACGACUGCAACCAGACUGGCCAAAUGCUCGCUGGUCUCCUCGGUUGGUCACAAGCGACCUGCGCAUCUAAAGUCACGAUUGAUGGAGACAAGGUCACAGUGGAGCGCGAGGUGGACGGUGGUACAGAAGUACUCGAGGCUGAGCUACCGAUCGUCAUCACAACAGACCUGCGUCUCAAUGAGCCGCGCUUUGCAAGUCUGCCGAACAUCAUGAAGGCCAAGAAGAAGCCACUACAAAAGACAAAGCUCGCUGACUAUGGCAUUGAAAUCGCGAAUCGCUUCAAGACACUCAAGGUCGAAGAGCCGCCCGUCAGACAGGGAGGCGACAAGGUCGAAGAUGUCGAUGCGAUGAUUGGCAAGCUGAAGGAACUCAAGGUCAUAUAGUAGUGUGUAGCAGUACAUUACUAGAGCAAUUGAUCACUUUUACACCAUGUUGGUCUACCUUCCGUAAUUACAGUCCUUUUAAGAAU